AUGCAGCCUAAUGUAUAAGCAUAUAAUUACCCUGUUUAAAAGGAUGGCAUGAAUUAGCCUAUGGAUUAAUAAUUUUAUCAGCAAUAGUAACCAAUAAAUUAGGGUUAAGGAGUUCCACUUGGACAUCCUGUAAAUCCAUAAUACAUUCCAGUUCAAUAGCAAUAACCAUUUAUCAGUAUUAGAUUAGUUAAUGUUAGAUGGACCUGUUAUUAUAUAACCAAUUGUUGUAUAAUAAAUAAGAAGAGCAAAUGCAGAUGGGUGUUCAUAUCCUGCUGAUAUAAUUUGUCCUUAUUGUCAAAAAGCAGUUCAGACAUAUAUUAAACAUAAAAGCGGUUGUCAUACUUGGCUCGCUUGUUGGUUACUGUUUCUAUUUUUUUUACCUUUAUUCUUUUUGCCAUUUUGUUUUGAAGAAUGUUUAGAUAAAAUCCAUCUCUGUCCAAAUUGUGGAAAAAAAGUAGGAAAAAAGAAAUAUAAAAUGUGUGGAUGA